CGUCGGUUUGUUGCUAUUUGUUUGGUUGUUGAAUGGAUACCUAGAGUAAUUGGAGGUAACACGUGAACCCAAACAGUAACUAAAAUAACAAGCUGACGUAAAAACCAACCAACCAACGCAACAAUAAGAAAAUGAAACGUCUGUGCAUAUUAAAGACAAAUAGUGCCGUGUCUAGAUGUGUGAAUGUUAACUAGUUAUGAAAGUGUUAGUGUUGUAAGGAUAUUUUGCCUUAGUGGCUUUAUAUUGACGUGUUGUAUCAGUUUUCCGUCGUAGUGGACUGUUUGCCAGUUAAUAUGGAGAAGUCGUCUGCUUUAGUAACAACCUUUCUCACUAAAAAGGCAUUUUAGCCAUUGUGAAAUAAUGAAAAGUAAAAAAAAAUCCUUUUACUUAAUUAGAAGUGAAAGUGAUAAAUUGUGUUAUAGGUAUAAAGAUAAUAAAUAUGUUGUAGAUUCCUGUGAUAAGUUGAAGUUGUAACCCUAGCGUUUUCGAAUCAAAUUUAGUAAAAGUUGUUUAGCAAUAGUAGUUGCUAAACCUACUUAAUUUUUAGCCAUGUGCAUUACGUAAACUCACCUCAAAAAUUGUAUUUAAUGGUUUUGUAGUGGUUUAUAAGCAAACCAUGAAACUGUUAGAAGUUAUGCAAAAUGGACUACAAAGAAGUUCAGUUUGUUAAAAAGUUUUUUCGUAAGUACAUCCUAACGGGUGUAUCUUGACUCGACAAACAAAAUUGAAUGCUGUGUUAUAAGAGGUGGAUGAUUCACACAAAACUCAAUUGAAGGUGUUGAACUUGAACAUCAAUUCGUCAUUUGAAGUUUCGUCAUGAAUGCAACAGAGUGUGAUAAUUUGAUAACAUCAUUAAAAUGGACAGAACCAGCGAAUGUUAUCUCGUUAGCCAUUCUUUUAUUUAUCAUUUUAUUAGUGAUAUCCGGAAAUUCACUAGUUAUAGCCGCUGUGUUCUGUUCCAACAAAUUACGUAGUGUUACAAACUAUUUAAUUGUAAAUUUAGCUGUCGCAGAUUUAUUGGUAGGAUUAGCGGUUCUUCCAUUCUCAGCAACGUGGGAAGUUUUUAAG